UCUCUCUUUGUCUGCAUCAUGAAAACAUUCCCGGUACUACCACUCUUCUUCCUAGCCACACUGGUGGCAACAAACCAAGCUUCAGACGGUGCUGUAUCCCACCAGAUUCAUCUCCUCCGGCCAAAAACCGGUUCCCAUGGGAGCCACGUCCCCGGCGUUUCGUGCCUGAGCUGGAGACUCGGCGUCGAAACCCACAAUAUUAUUGGGUGGAAGACUAUUCCAGCGGCUUGUGAAGGCUAUGUAGGGCACUACAUGCUUGGCCACCAGUACAGAAAAGACUCGGAAGCUGUUAUUUAUGAGGCGCAUCUCUACGCUAAGAGCCUGAAUCUUACCAAUGAUGGCAAGAACUUGUGGGUCUUUGACGUAGAUGAGACUACUCUCUCCAACCUACCUUAUUAUGCUCGCCAUGGAUUCGGGGUGGAGGUAUUUAAUCCCAUUUUAUUCAACGAAUGGGUCUCGAAAAGCACAGCCCCAGCCUUACCUGAGAGUCUUAAGUUGUACAAGAAAUUAUUGGCUCUUGGAAUUAAGGUUGCAUUCUUAACAGGAAGACCAGAAUCUUAUAGAAAGGCCACAGAAACCAAUCUAAAAAAUGUUGGAUAUCACACUUGGGAAACGGCUAUACUAAAAGAUUCAUCUUAUGCAGGUAAGACAUCACUCUUUUAUAAGUCAUCUGAGAGAGAGAAGCUUGAGAAGAAAGGAUACAGAAUAAUUGGGAACAUGGGCGAUCAAUGGACUGAUCUCUUGGGGACAAAUGCUGGCAACCGGACCUUCAAGGUGCCGGAUCCAAUGUAUUACAUUAGUUGAAUUUUUCAUUUGAUUUUUGAUAAACUUGUAUCAAUGCCAAAAGUUUGGAAUAUGUUCAGCUUCAGUGUGCAAAUAAAACAUUU